AUGUCAUCCGCAGCGAGUGUUUACGAGGGAUUUUGGAUGGACCAUGACCACGACGGGCUCUCAGGCGCGAGGCUAACACUGGACGCCUAUAACGCGACACUCCUAAUUGCAUUCAUCGCAAUCUUCGUCACGAUUUGCGGAGAUCGGAUGUGGUCUGCAGUUCGGUUUGUGCUCCAUCAAUCGCGCGCUGGCGCAGAGCGACGGGGUGCAGACGACGAACAUCUACAGCUUCUCACUGUACACUCCGCCAUGCCAGGGAUAGCCUGGGACGCCCCGAAGCUCAUGUGGACAACGAUUAGGCAGACAGGUCGUCGAGACGCCAGCAAGGUUUGUUAUGUCGCCGUGUUGGCGUUUCUUGCGCUAUUCAACUUCGUUGCUUGGACCGCGGCUGGCGUGCUCUCGGCCUGGGUUGCCGUCUCGAAUGGUCCGCUGAUAUACGUCAGCCCAGGCUGCGGAUUCUAUGCGGACCCAUCGGAUAGCAUUUCUUUUGCGCCGGCGGCAGGGUUCCAAGCAAGGUUGCUCAAUUCGUCAAGAAUUGCUGAUGAAUACGUUCAGACAUGCUACAAUACCUCCAGCUCCUCCAAUUCGCUGUGUCAACAAUUCGUCCAGCAAGAAAUCAAAUGGACUGGGAAGUCAAAUGCUACGUGUCCUUUUGCGUCUGGGAUGUGUCUUGGAGGUGAUAAUGCCGCUUUCGAAAUGGACAGUAACAUGAUCGACUCCCAUGGUACCCUGGGACUAAACGCUGCCAAGGAAAACCGAGUCCUAUACCGACGCAAAUCGACAUGCGCACCAGUCGUCACCAGAGAGCCCUAUGCGGAGCUCAUACCCGGCCGCUAUCCAGGAGAGGAGUACGCGCUUUACUACUACGGUGACACUUUCGGCUCGUUGAAUUACACGUAUCAACUAUCAACGUAUGCGCAAAGAGGACCAGCUGGCUACAUAUUGAGGUUCAUCCACUACCAUUUUCCCGCCUCUAGACCUAGGCAGCUAACUCUACAUCCCCCGACUAGCGGCAUGUCCGCACCGGGCGGAUUCAUGCCCAUACCCGAGAUUGCAAGAUCCGAUGCAGAAGUCACGCUCUUUUUCCUGGUGCAGAACCUGCUUGCUUACACAGCUCCCGUGGACGACCUGUUCUUCGCAGCGCACACACAGCCCACCACCUAUAAGCUGCCCUUUAGCAACGACACAUAUACUCUUUAUUACAACGACAAGCUGGUUUCUGUCAUGGGUUGUAUCGACCAGCAUCAAAUAUGCAAGCCAGGCUCCGGCGAGGGACCGAACUGCUCAGCAUUGAGCAGCGCGGAGAAUCUAUGGUCGGAAGUUGCGAAGCUGGAACUCAAUCAGGUGCAGCAGGACACAGCAUACGUGAUACAGUUGGAGAUCCUGGGAGGGGAGAUGUUGAACUCGAUUGCUGGUCGCGGGGCGGUCGCUCUUAAGGCACAAGGGACGGUCUUCAACAACAUCAACGUCCCGCUACCUGACAAUCAAUGGACUCUCGAAGUCGGCGGUUGGUUUAGCAUUGCCCUUGCACGGCUACAGCAUGCCAUAGUGGAAUAUUCCACCGGGCCGGCUCAUACGGACUCCGAGAAGUAUCAACGAGACACUUCCUCUUCUCUUGUUCGUAUUUAUGCGAACACGUGCAAUAGACAAAAAGGCCGGCAGUUAAGCUCCAGCACCAACUACCUUACUUUCAACGGCGUGGGGCUCCUCAUCAUCUCAGUCGUUGGAGUCAUUGUCUUAUUGAUCAGCCCUCUCCUUGAACUGAUAGUGGGGUUGCGACGGAGUGGGAAAUGGAGUCAGCGCCAUCUCGAAUGGAAACUCCACGGCGAGUUCCGAAGGGUUGCCUCCCAGUCUUUUCAACUUACGAGUCCGAGGCCUGGGGGAUCUGGAUCCGAACCUUCAUCUCCACCUUGGCAGGGGGAUACCAACGGCCGACUCGCAAUUACACCGCCCCAUGGGCAAGACGACCAAUCGCUGCAACUAUACGCUGUAGCAGGAGGGGGACAGGAGCCUUCGCAUGAUCCUUCCAACAAGCCCGUCCCUCCACAGACAAUAGACCAUAACCGAGCAUAG